AUGCCACUCGCCCGCUCCAAUGAUCCUCUGGUCUGGAUCGACUGCGAGAUGACGGGUCUCGACCCGGAAACCGACACGAUCCUCCAAAUCUGCUGCAUCAUCACGGACGCACAACUCCAAGUCCUAGAACCCCAAGGCUUCGACGCCGUCAUCCACCACCCAGACUCAGUCCUGAACAACAUGUCGGCCUGGUGCAUCGACACGCACGGCCACACGGGCCUGACCGCCGCCGUGCGGGCCUCAACGACGACCGCCGCCGACGCCGCCGCCUCGCUGCUGGAGUACAUCCAGCGCCACGUCCCCGCCCCGCGCACCGCCUUGUUGGCCGGGAACAGCGUCCAUGCCGAUAAGGCCUUUUUAGCCCGUGGGCCGUAUGCGAAGGUGCUGGAGUAUUUGCAUUAUCGCAUUCUGGAUGUGAGUAGUAUUAAGGAGGCGGCGAGGCGGUGGGGGAGUGAGGAGCUUUUGGCGGAGGUGCCGGGGAAGAAGGAGGUGCAUUUGGCGAGAGAUGAUAUUUUGGAGAGUAUUGAGGAGAUGAGGUAUUAUCGGGGGAAGUUGUUUGGGUAG